AUGGCCGAAGCGACUAUUUCGACCGAUGAGCUUGAAUAUGCCGGCUCAAUGCUGGAACAUCACGAGAUUGUUGACGCAUCCCAACCCGGUCUGUUGGAGCUGAUGGGUGUUUCGCAGGCCGGAACACCGACGGCUAGUGGGAAAGGCGAAUUCGACUAUCAACCCCUGUCCAGCUUAUCGAUGGGACUGAAAGAACUGCACCAGCUGUCCACGGUUAACAAAAUGCCGAUACCGCCCGAGAUUAUGGAACACUUUAACCAUGUACAGAGUCACUGCAUGAUGGGACUGUUUGCCGAGAUUGGCCGAGCGUGGUUAACGAUCGAUACAGAAAUCUACAUCUGGACCUACGAGAAUGCUCGCGACGUAGCCUACUUUGACGGGCUGGACAAAGUGAUUAUCAGCGUGGGGUUGGUGACCCCGCGCCCAGGUGUAUUUAAGCCCGAAGUGAAGUACCUUCUCGUACUGACCACACCGUACGAGAUCGUGGUGCUGGGAGUGAUGUUCAACGAGAUUAUUACCGGCACACCGAACCGAACGGGGUCCGGCCGCACUGUCAACGUGGGCGAAGAGAUGCAACUGAUGAGCUCACCGAUCUUUGUGCUCAGCACCGACAAUGUGGGCAUCAUGUGCGUACACGGUACCGACGAUGGCCGCAUCUUUCUCGGUGGCUGCGAUGGGAGCCUCUACGAGAUUUGCUACCAGGCGGAAUCGAACUGGUUCACGAAGCAGUGCCGCAAAGUGAACCACUCGCAGGGUCUCAUCUCGAACCUGGUGCCGGGAAUAUUCAAGUUCUUCUCCGACAAGGAUUCGGUGGACAAGAUCGCGAUCGACAACUCACGCCACCUGCUGUACGUGCUGAUGACGAAAGGCACGAUCGAGGCGUGGGAUAUCGGACCGGAGGCGGGCGGCGGCGUGAGGCGUUUGGCACGGCUCACGUUCAAAGACAUCAUCACCAGUGCGCAGAUGAUUUUGCGUUCCGACGACUCGUCCAUCUACGAACCGAUCACGGCCAUCUGUGCGCUCACGGUGACCGAUUCGUCCUGUUUGCACUUGGUGGCCGUCUCCAAAAACGGCAUCCGGUUCUACUUCUCCACCGUGUCGCUCUACAAUCAGGCGUCCUACAUGCGUCAGCAGCAACUGUCCUACCAACAGCGACAGCACCAGCAACAGAUGCAACAAUUGCAGCAACUGCAGCAGCUGCAGCAACCACAACAAUCACAACUGCACGAACCGAUGCCACCGGUUAACUAUUUCGAUCACCAACCGAGCGAUCGUCCGCAGGGCCUGUAUCUGAUGCACGUGCGACUUCCGCUGACGACGGCCACCGGGGUGCGACCGAACGCCAAGAAGUCGGUGCACGCGGCACACUCUAUCGGUGGGGCACUGUUCAUGGUUACCUCGCCGCAGCAGGACCAGGACGCUCUGUGGAUGGUCAACUCGGAACCGUUCCUAACGCAACCGCAUUUUAUCGAAUCGGAAUCGACGCUUCCACUGGACGGACAAGUGCUGGCGGUCGCCAACGUAAAGCAACACGAUCGCGUUUCGAUCGAAACGCCUCUCCGGACGGCGCAGAUUCCUCGGAAGGUGGCACUGCUGACGAACCAGGGUGUGCACAUUGUGUCCGUGUUGCGCGCGGUCGAUAUCCUGCAGCAGCUGCUGCUUACCUGCCGUGGGCCACACAACGACGCCGUGAAGGCAUACUUUGAGAUACAGACCGAAGCGGAAGCGUGCGCUACGGCCGUACUGCUCGCUUGCCUCGAAUCGUUCCGUGGCACCGAGUUGGGCGAUUGGGCCACGCAGGCCUUUGUGCUGUACGGUGGAGAACCGUACUAUGAAACCUAUCACCCGGGAAGCGGUGCCACUAGUGGAAUGGUUGGCCCAGCAAUUACCCAGAGGCCGCUCGCAUUUGGGUCGUCCACUGGUAGCGCAGGGUAUGGGAUGGAUCCACUGGCCACACCGCAAUCGGCCGUGGUUGGAGGGCGAAUGUACAUGUCCACACCGUACACAGUAGCACCGGUGGGCCGUGGGCCUCUACAAUAUCUACAGCAACAUCAGCAGCAACACCAGCAGCAACCACUACAGCCACACGGUCCCUUCUCUCCACCGUCCGGAUAUGUUCCGUCGUCGGUGAACACGAGCUUCAACAACAACAACCUAUUGCCGACGGAUGCACCCACCUUACGGUACUCGGCCAAACACGCCGGUCUGUAUCUGCACGUUUGUCGCGUGCUGCGGUGCGUCUGGCGCCGCAAGUGUACCGACGAGCGACUUCACUCGACGAUCGGACUGCUCGAUUUGGGUGUGGUGUUGGAAGAUCUGUUCGCCAUCCGAAGCUUCUUCGAGUCGGUGGGCACGAUUAGGGGCGCUUUGUCUGGGUUCACAGGAGCGCGUAACACGCUGGCGUCGUCCACCGUCAUCGGACCACACACCAACCCGGCGGCGGCGGGUUUGUUACUGCAAUCACCGGCUCUGGGCAGCGCCGCUGGUGCGUAUGGUGGCGGCUUGCUGAUGCCCCAACCGUACGGUGGCGCCGGAGGGGCCGGACCGGUUGUGCAACAACAUACCACAGAGGAGGCAUCGCGGGAAGAGAAGCGAUCGUUGGAUGCACUAUCACGGUUGAUAAAGCAAGCGUGCGAAGUGAUCGGCCUGUGGAAGGUGAUCUGCGAGCACCAGUGCCAUCUGUUGUUGGGCCAACUGCUGCCGGAGCAGCAGGCCGCUAUAAAGGCUUGCACCUUCCGCGAUCUGAUCGUGGCACGGCCCGGCGUUUGUGGGCUGCUGAUCGUCACGCUGAUCAACUCGUACCUGGCCGACAGUGCCAGCAUCGGUUCGAUCUCGUCCAAGUUGCGCGAAGUCUGCCCGACUCUGUACCGCCACGAGGAUGCCGUUUCGCACAAGGCCACGGAAGUGUUGCUCCAGACACGCGACUGGACCGAUCGGGAGCGCAAAGAGGAACGUCUCCAGAUGGCACUGCAGUUGUGCAAAAGUGCAGCCCCCAACCUGCCGCUGGACACGCUCUGCCAGAAGUUUACGGCGGCCGGGUUCUACACCGGGGUCAUCGAGCUGUGUUCGGUUUGUGCGGCAAAAAAGGACCCCAACGAGACGGCGCUACACUUUUACCAGAACGACAAUCCGGAAGGUUUCGUGGCGUACCAGAACCGCAUGCAGUGCUACGGCGAGGUCAAGCGUAUGCUGGAUCUGGUGUACGAAACGAACGAAGCUGGACCGCCUGGUGGAACCGAGGCAACGAGGUACCCUGAGCCACACCAGGGUGCGGAUGAUACUCGCGCACUGGUCGGCAGCAAGUUCCAAACGGUUACGGCCAUCAUUGCGCAAGCGUUGCAAAACACCGAUCAGCUGCUGCACGUGGCCAUUUACGAGUGGCUCCUGGCGCAGAAGCUUCACUCGGAGCUGCUCGAGAUUGCGGAACCGUCGCUCGGUGUGUUUCUGAGCCGAUCGAUGGCACACGCCCCGGACAGUCUGCUGCUGGCGGAUCUGCUGUGGAAGUAUCACGAGCGCAACGGACAGCACACCCAGGCCGCACAGAUCCUCGAUAAGCUCGCUCACUUCCAGGGUGGCGACGGACUCGAUCUUGGCAAGCGCAUCGAGUAUCUGGCCCGGGCCGUGAUGUGCAUGCGUAGCGAAGCGGUCGGCUUCUCGGCCCACAACGGUGUCCUGCUGAAGGAACUGGAGGACAAAUUGGAGGUCGCACAAAUCCAGCGACAGGUGAGCGACGCACUCACGAUGCUGCUGGCCCGAACCUCGGACCCGGCCCUGGGAAGCGUUCGGGACGCCUUGCAGCAACUGAACGGCUCGCUGUACAACCUGACGCAGCUGUACUCGGAGUUUGCCGAACCGUACGACCUCUGGGAGUGUAAGCUGAAAAUCCUGAACUGCUCGCACCACAACGAUCCACUGCUGAUCGAGUCCGUCUGGUCGCACAUCCUCGAUCGCGAGCUAGAGGUGCGCGACGGACCAGCCGAACGCUGCCGACGGAUGCUGGCGAAGGUACAGAGUCUGGCCCUCGAGUACGACAGUUCGGGUCACUGCUUUCCGCUGGCCUUCAUUGUCCGCGAGCUCGAAGUGCGCUGCUUCCGGUCGGGACUUUUCAAUUCACCCGUUCCGGAGGCGCUGUUCGAGAUGAACCUCGACGUCGACGAUCUACUCAACAUCUACUCCAGACUGGUGUCGAUGAAUGAACGCAUCUGGGUGACGGAGGACGACGAACUGUACCUCAUCCGAUCGACGGCUGCACUCCUGGCCCUGAUUGUCGCCCAACCGAAGCAGAUACCGCUGAAGGAGCGCCGCAAGGUGAUGGCCAAAUCGCAGGACCUCAUCUCGGCCGCUCUCAACAUCCUCUACACGAAGCCGGACACGCAGCCACUGAUCGAGUUACUGCGCGACACGCAAACGAAGCUGCAACGCGUUGUUUGAAGCACUGAACCCGCCACGGCAGGUCCAGUGGCCCCCUGUACUGCCAACACUUGUUAGAGA